AUGGGAGAUGUGAGGAGCUGUUAGAAACCACGUGGCCCUCGUCUGAUCUCACAGCUCGUCCUUGUUUGGCCUCAGCUGCAUCAGAGCGCCACUUCUCCCCAGGUUCACCAGAGGAAACACCACUGAACUAAAUGCUUUUCCUCCCAGCUGCUGCUCUGUGCUGUCUGUGUUCAGCGCUGGCUGCCAUGGCAACACAGCUGAUUCAGGAUGAUUUAACAUUGACCAGGAGAGUUGGUGGAGACGUCUCCUUCAGCUGUCGAGGCACUGGGCAGUGUGCCACUGAUUUUGUACUCUGGCACCAGAAGAGAGACACCGAAACAUUCACAAGGAUUCUUCGUAUUGAUACGAGGGAUGGUGAUGUUAUGAGAAGUUACAAUCAUCCUCAGAAAGAUGAUUUCUCAGCUGUGAAUGAAAAGAACGGCUGUGAGUUGCAGAUCCAGAGCGUUAAACUCGAUCAUUCAGCCACCUACUACUGCUCCUGUUGGAUCCCCACAGUGAGAAAUGCUCCCUGCAGCCUGAACAAAAACCUCCAGAUGAACAGAUGUCAAACAGUGUUUGUGACAGGAAGAGAUCAGUAUGUGGGAGAAAAGGACCACUUCACUGCAGAGUCUGGGAUUCAGCUCCACCAGGGUACAGGAGAUCCAGUCAGCAGCAACACCGAGGGAGAAGAAGAUCAGCAAGCCAGGCCGCUGCAGCCACACCCGGUCCAUCCGUCCAGACCGUUGUCCCCCUCGGUAAGAGGUCUAGCCUCCUUUUAUAGGGAGUGGUCUGAUCAGCUGGCCAAUCAGAUCGCUGAUGUGAACGGGGUUCUACAGUACUGGUUAAUAAUUUGGACUGGUUCACCUCAGCAGACACAUUCAACAGCAGUAAGGGUUUUUGUAUCACUCAGUUUCACUGUGGGGGGCAGAUGGUACUACUUGAUCUUUGGCUCUGGAACUAAACUGAUUGUAUCAGAUGAGCCGGUAGUGAAGCCCGUGGUGAGCGUGUACCCAGCAGCAUCCAGAGCCCACCUGGAGGGGAAGAGCUCCCUGCUGUGUCUGGCCUCAGCCAUGUUUCCUCCUCUGGUCCAGUUCUCCUGGAAAAGACGAAAUGAGACUGGUCCUCUGGAGGAGCUGUCCUCUGAUGAUAUAGAGCAGCUGGAGAUCAGAGAGUCAGGACACACCGCCUCCAUCUUGCUGAUCCAUCAGAAAGAGAACAGCACAUAUAAAUACCGCUGUGAUCAUUUGUCACUGCAACUCCAAACAUUUCACUGCUUUUCUGUUUCAGAGGUUCCAGCUCCAGCAGCCUCCUGUCCUCCAGAGAGAGAUCCACCAGACCAGCUAGCUCUGGAGGAAGCUGACUUGUCCUUCCAGUCCCAGUGCAGGGUGAAGUUGUUCUGUCUGCUGUACACCCAGCUGAUAGUGAAGAGUCUGGUGUACUGCUGUGGACUCUCUCUGCUGAUGAUCCUCAGAAACAAGGGACCGUCCACCAGCUGCUCACAUGCUGACUGACUGUUUUCUGCUCGACUUUUCUCGCCUUCAAAUCUCAUCAAUUCAUCUCAUUUAUCACUUUGAUCACUAUUCACAUAUAUCAAUUAUGACUUGUUGUAGUUGUCAUCUUAAUAAUAUAAAUACCAGCCCGUUC